AUGUGCUACAUUGAAACAUCUAACUUAGAUGGUGAGACAAACUUAAAAAUUCGACAGGGUUUGCCACUAACGUCAGACAUAAAGGACAUAGAAAGCCUGAUGAGACUUUCAGGCAGAAUUGAAUGUGAGAGCCCAAACCGACAUCUCUAUGACUUUGUUGGAAACAUCAGACUGGAUGGGCAUGGUACUGUUCCAUUGGGAUCUGAUCAGAUUCUCCUACGAGGAGCUCAGUUGAGAAAUACUCAGUGGGUUCAUGGGAUAGUUGUCUAUACUGGACAUGACACAAAACUUAUGCAGAAUUCAACUAGUCCACCUCUAAAAAUGUCUAAUGUGGAACGAAUUACAAAUAUUCAGAUUUUGAUUCUGUUCUGCAUCCUUAUUGCCAUGUCUUUGAUCUGCUCCAUUGGUUCAGCUAUAUGGAAUCGAAGGCAUACUGGGAGAGACUGGUAUCUUGAUCUGAAUUAUGGUGGAGCAAGCAACUUUGGAUUGAAUUUCUUGACUUUUAUCAUUCUCUUCAAUAAUCUUAUUCCUAUCAGUUUGUUGGUUACGCUUGAAGUUGUUAAAUUUAUCCAGGCAUAUUUCAUAAAUUGGGACAUAGACAUGCACUAUGAACCUACUGACACUGCUGCAAUGGCUCGUACUUCCAACCUCAAUGAAGAACUGGGACAG